ACCUCAGGUUCCUAGCGCAGCUUUCAGGUGGCUGAGAGGUCGGCGCCGCCCGCGUCUCCGUUGGCUGCCGCGCCUACGUGGGCGCGCUCGGAGCUCCAGCCAUGCUGUUCUGGCACACGCAGCCCGAGCACUACAACCAGCACAACUCCGGCAGCUACCUGCGGGAUUUGUCUAGUGCUCUUCAAAGGGAAAAUGAUGUGCUGGCUCUACCCAUCUUCAAGCAGGAGGAGCCCCAGCUGUCCCCCGAGAAUGGGGCCCGGCUGCCACCCUUGCAGUAUGUGUUGUGUGCCGCCACGUCCCCAGCAGUGAAGCUCCAAGAAGAGACCCUGACCUACCUCAACCAAGGUCAGUCUUAUGAAAUCCGGCUGCUGGAGAACCGGAAGCUGGGAGACUUUCAGGAUCUGAACACUAAAUAUGUCAAGAGCAUCAUCCGCGUGGUUUUCCAUGACCGCCGGCUACAGUACACGGAGCACCAGCAGCUGGAAGGCUGGCGGUGGAGCCGGCCUGGGGACCGCAUCCUGGACAUUGAUAUUCCACUGUCUGUUGGUAUCUUGGACCCCAGGGCCAGCCCAACCCAGCUGAAUGCAGUUGAGUUUUUGUGGGACCCUGCCAAGAGAGCCUCUGCAUUCAUUCAGGUACAUUGUAUCAGCACAGAAUUCACCCAGAGGAAGCAUGGGGGUGAGAAGGGUGUGCCUUUCCGGGUGCAGAUCGACACAUUUAAGCAGAGUGAGAAUGGAGAGUACUCGGAGCACUUACACUCGGCCAGCUGCCAGAUCAAAGUGUUCAAGCCCAAAGGAGCUGAUCGGAAACAGAAGACCGACCGGGAGAAGAUGGAGAAAAGAACAGCUCAGGAGAAGGAGAAGUACCAGCCGUCCUACGAAACCACCAUUCUCACAGAGUGCUCUCCGUGGCCUGAUGUGGCUUACCAGGUGAACAGCGCCCCGUCCCCAAGCUACAAUGGCUCUCCCAACAGCUUUGGCCUCGGUGAAGGAAACAGCUCUCCAACCCACCCGGUGGAGGCCCUGCCCAUGGGCACUGAUCACCUGCUCCCGUCGGCCACUAUCCAGGACGCCCAGCAGUGGCUGCACCGCAAUCGGUUCUCCCAGUUCUGCCGGCUCUUCGCCAGCUUCUCAGGUGCCGACCUGCUGAAGAUGUCCAGAGAUGAUCUGGUCCAGAUCUGUGGCCCUGCAGAUGGGAUCCGCCUCUUCAACGCCAUCAAAGGCAGGAAUGUGAGGCCAAAGAUGACCAUUUAUGUCUGUCAGGAGAUGGAGCAGAACCGGGUACCUUUGCAACAGAAACGGGACGGCAGUGGGAACAGCGACCUCUGCGUAUACCACGCCAUCUUCCUGGAAGAGCUCACCACCCUGGAGCUGAUUGAGAAGAUCGCCAACCUGUACAGCAUCCCCCCCCAGCACAUUCACCGCGUCUACCGGCAAGGCCCCACCGGCAUCCACGUGGUGGUGAGCAACGAGAUGGUGCAGAAUUUUCAAGAUGAAUCUUGUUUUAUCCUCAGCACAUUAAAAGCCGAGAGCAAUGAUGGCUACCACAUCAUCCUGAAGUGUGGACUCUGAGCCAAAGUAGGACACUCACCUGCUCCCAGCCCCACGGACCCCCUGCGAUGUUGAAAUGGCACCACUGUCAGCUCCAGUCUCACCAGAAAAUCUGAGGCUAGGAGGGACCCUGCCCAGUCUAUGAAAGCUACAGACCACGAACUAGCAGAAACCAGUGGACACAAAACCUGGCAUGCAGAGAGCCGGUGGCCCCUCACUUUCCUUUCCUCUUGGCCUCGAGCUUUUGAAUGGUUCCUUGGGCUUUUUCUCAACCUUGAUAUUCUAAAAAUGCAAGCCGGCGGGGGGCACCUUCUCUGAAAACCCAGGCCUCUUAGUUGGAGGCUCACUGAGGGUCUUGGUGCCACCUGUAUGGAUCCCUUAUGGCCACUCUCCUGACCCCCAGAGAAAGCUCUUGCUACCUGUAUGUUCUCCUCUCUCUGUCUACGUGUAUGUUUCCUUUAUCAGUCACCCCAGUGGCAUCUGCCUUCCCUGUUCUUGGGUGAAUUGUUGGGAGAGGGGUUAUUCUCUGCCUUCUGCCUCUUUCACCUUCUUCUUGUUUCUAAGUGUUGCAGCAAAGCCCAGAGGGAGAUGUGCUCAUGUCUGUGUGGGUACAAUAGUCCCCACAGUGUAUGUGUACGGCCAGUCCUACAGAUGCUAAUGCCGAGGCCUGUCUGUGGUCUGGAGGUGGGCACGGUGGAAUAGAAUGACUCUUCCCAGGUAGAUCUUUAGGAGUGGGAAGGAAUGAGAACCCAAUAAUUCCUCUUUUUGCUACUUUGGUAUAAUUCUGUUUCCUAAGCAAUCAUGGGUAAGGAGGUCUAGGAAAUUAUCAUUCUAUUAUAUCAUCAGAAGACCUUGAUCAUCAAAAUACCAGGACCUAUAGGAUGCACUGGCAAAAUCCCAUUGAGAGAAGACCUUGUUUGACCAGUGCUCACUUUUUCAUGUUUCAUAAGGAUGAUGUAUUUUCUGUGAGAGCCCCUUCAUUUUUGUCCUUUUUCAUUUGUAAGGGGGUAUGUUUAGGAAAGCAACAUUGGAAUGGUUGGAUCAUCUUAAAUACGGGAGGUUUGAAUAUCAGUAACUAUGGUAGAGUCA